AUGUUUGAGAUGGCAGGCCGGAUGAUUGGCCACUCUGUCCUGCAUGGUGGUCCUGGUUUCUCAGGAUUCAGUUUUGUUGUGGUUAAACUUUUGACUGGAAGAGACAGGGACACUGCAGCAUCAGCUCUGACCCUGCAGGACUGUCCUGAUCUAGAUCACCGCAAAACAAUUGCUCUUCUCACAAAAGCAAAAAUGAUUGUAGCAGAAACCAACAGUGUGACUGAUCUUUGCCUGUCCUGGGAUCUCCCGGUUCCUUCACCUACCAAUCAUGACUGGCUGUUUCAAGAACUGCUCACACAAGCAGUACUUGAUUGUGUUGCGCAACCCAUUAAACAGAUCCGGAAAGGCCUGAAAGACACAGGAAUCUGGCCGCUUCUGUCAGAUAGACCAGAUGUUCACCCCAUCAUUUUCCCACGGGAGGUAGAUGAGGAGCUUGAUGCGCAAGAAGAGGAUCUGCAUCGGGAUUCAAGGCCUGGCCCACCUGCCACAACUGAUUUGGUGUCAGGUUUUGCUCUGUCCUAAUGGGAUGGUUAUCCCAGGCCUCAUGGAAGAUAUUCAGGCUGGCCUGGAUACGUGGCAGGAAAACGUAGUGGCAGCAGAACAUGUGCAGGACGUUGCUGAUAUCGAGCAAGUAUUGAUCUUCUAGAGUGUGCAGGGCGUUAAUAUACACCUGUAACACUCAUGAACACAUCACGCUAGAGGCGCUCAACUCUGUAUUGGAAAAAAGCAUUUACAUAACAAUUA